GAUUGUCUUCAGUUUCAGCUUCACAGGGACUUAAGUUUUUGUGUUCACACUAUCUGUUGCGCUCAUGAUUUGCAGAUCUGCUCCGUAUAUACAUUGAAUUUUUAAUUCUAUUCUCUGUUGCUUAGGUUACUCUUGUUAUCCGUUUCUGUAAUCAUUAUGUGCUUUUUUGUUUGAGGAUAAGGUUUGAGCAGAGUGAUCUUGGAGCCUACAGGUGGCGUCAGAAUUUUGGAAUUGUGUGUUUGUCAUGGCCUAGUUGAGUAUUGGUUUCAGAUUCUGACUGGGAUUUUGAAGAACAGAGUAGUCUAUACUUCAAGUUUGGCUAUUGAGGCGAAAUGGCCUCGGAGAGAGCUGCAUGGCAGAUUCUUCUAUUGUUCAAUGUGGUCACAUUCUUGUAUCUAAUUGGGCAGCACAUGAGUUCCUGUGUUGUGAUAGACUUAGAAUAUUGUGGUGGUUUCUGUUUCAUCAAUUUUAUAGUCUGUUCUAUACCCUCCUCCUUGUCGUGUAAAAUCCUUCCACAUUUUGAUAUUGUUGCUGAAGGAUACGUGGGUUAAAUUAGUGAACAACAGGAAAGGAAAAGAUGUGCGAACUGAAGGAUGCAUCUUGGAGGAGAUUAGGUCUGCUUCCUUUAACAGGGAAAUUUUGUGGUCUCCAGGAUAUAAAAUUUCCUUAUUGGUUUAGAGGAUGCUUGUCCCAUUCCUCAUGGGUUUUAACUAGGAAAGAUGGUGUUGCAAAUUUGGAGUCUAUGGAAUUGCUAAGGAGGUGUUUUGACAGUUUGACUUCUUCAAACUUCUUGCCUUGAAUUUGGGAACCUCUUUCCUCGUUUUGAUCUGCAAAAGAUAAAGUGUUUGUGAUCAUGGGUGGCUCAGGGAAGUGGCUGAGAACAUUGGUUGGUUUAAAGAAGUCAGAAAAGUCACAAUCUUCAAAUAAGGAUGAGAAUCGGUCAGCACCUGCUGGUCGGUUUUGGCACCGGAGAAGGCUUUCUGUCGACAUUGACAGUGGUACUUUUAAAGAUGAUUUUGUUCAUAACACAGAUCUGUUAACAGGGGAUGCCAAGGUUCAACCAAGUUCAGAGUCCUCCGGCUCCCCUGCUAGUUCACAACAAGUACAGAGUGCUGCUCAAGUUGAAAAGAAUGUCAAAGAAGAAUGGGCUGCUACAUGCAUUCAAACAGCAUUUAGAGGAUUUCUGGCCAGACGAGCACUUAGGGCUUUGAAAGGAUUGGUGAGACUUCAGGCCCUUGUUAGGGGUCAUGCUGUAAGAAAGCAAGCUGCAGUAACCCUUCGUUGCAUGCAAGCCUUGGUGAGAGUUCAGGCUCGUGUUCGAGCACGCCGUGUUCGCAUGACAUUGGAAUGUCAGAUGGCAGAGGAAAAAUUUAAGCAACAGCUGGUGCAUGAGGCUCAUGUUCGAGAAAUAGAGGAAGGGUGGUGUGACAGUGUUGGAUCUGUGGAAGAGAUUCAGGCCAAGUUAUUGAAGAGGCAAGAAGCAGCAGCCAAGCGUGAGAGAGCUAUGGCAUAUGCUCUGGCUCAUCAGUGGCAAGCAGGAUCGAGGCAGCAGUCAGCCUUUACAGGUUUUCAUCCUGAUAAAAGCAACUGGGGUUGGAACUGGUUGGAGAGAUGGAUGGCAGUUCGUCCAUGGGAGAAUCGGUUCCUUGACAUCAAUCUCAGAGAUGGAGUUAUGAUCCAUGGGAAUGGGUCAGCAGAGGGGAAGAAUGACUUAAAGACACAAUUCAGAUCUGCCAGCAAGAAGCCUAUCUCAUCAAAUCCUCACUCUAAUCAGAAAACCACAUCUCAUUCUGAUGGUAGUGGCUCUUCAUUGAGCAAGUCAGCUAAUGUGCUAGCAACAUCCAACACAGUAUCAAGUAAGCCAAGAUCUAAGCCAUCUGAAGAUCCAGUUGAAGAAGCAAACUCAAGACCUUCUGGCACUUGGCCCCGAUCAUACAGCAAUCCUAAAGAGAGACCUUCACAACUGGAAUCCCAGGCAAAGAAGCGGUUGUCCCUGCCAAACAGUGGUCCUGGAGGACAAACAUCCAGGCGGCCGUGUAAGAACACUGUCAACAGGACAUCCAAUACACAGAAGCCCAUCAAGGAUAGAACCAAAUUUAAUGGAAGAAGUGAUUCCGGCCAAACAAACGGUGUCCAGCAGGUAAUUGAGCUUCAAGAUUGAGGAUCAAUUUGAAGAUGUAUUCCAAGCUCGAAUUGCCAAGAGGAGGUUUGGACGCUGCUGUCUCGAUUUGUAUAUAACUGAGUCUUUUCUAGCUUGGAGGUGGGAUCAUAUUGGUUUUAUUCCUUUCUUACAGUUACACUAGCAGUUUCAUGGUGGCACGGUUGGGGAGACAGUUUCAAUUGUCACCCACAAGGAGUGUAAUUACUGGUAAUUAUUAUGUGAAUGGCUUCAGUUCUUUGAGUUAGUA